AUGGGAUAUUCAGUGGAACAAAUUAAUAAUAAUCCUUGGCUUGGAGUUCAAGAUAUAGUCGGUGAUGCAAAAUUAUGGCCUAAAUUUAUCAGAAAAAUAUCUAUUGGGCUUGAAUUUUAUUUGGCCAAAUCGUCACUGAACCAUUGUGUAAGACAUGUUGUUAAAGCUCUUUAUGAUAUAGGAAGUAAUUUUAUCAAAUGGCCAUCUGUGGAUCGCAUAAAUGUUAUAAUGGAGAAGUUUGCAAGAAUAGCUGAUCAACAAAAUGUUAUUGGUGCUAUUGACUGUACACAUAUUGAAAUUCCAGCACCAUAUAUAAAUGCUCAAUCUUAUCUGACAAGAAAAUACAGACAUGCAGUUACACUUCAAGCUGUAUGUGAUACAGACCCAUAUUAUUUCAUUGAUUGCUUUGCUAGAUAUCUUGGGUCAGUAAGUGAUAUUAGAAUUUUCAGAAAUUCUGAUUUGUGGCAGGCUAUUCAUAGAAAUCGUCGCUUAUUCUUUCCAAACGAGGAAUUUAUUAUAGGGGAUAAAGCUUGUCCCUUACUGAGUUGGUGCUUAAUAUCUUUUAAAGAUAAUGGCCAUUUGACACAAGUCGAAAACAAUUUUAAUCAUAUAUUAUGUCAAACCAGACAAACAAUUGAGCGAGCAUUCGCAUUAUUGAAAGGCCGCUUUAGAUGCUUAACCGUUUGA